GUUUCCACCAGGAAAUACUCUGCGAAUAGGAUAUGACAUGUUGGCAAUGAUAGAGCGCGCUAAACCAAAGACUGUCAACGCCCUGUAUUUGUUUAGGUUGUAACAAGAGUGAGUGUGUGUAAGUGUUGUGAUAGUAGUGUUGGUUGAUACAAAGUAGUAUAUUAUGUCGAACGAAUCAGUGAAAACAUUCGCAAGUAUCGAAACGCCGGGAUAUGUAGGAUUCGCAAAUUUGCCAAAUCAAGUGCAUCGUAAGUCAGUGAAGAAAGGAUUUGAAUUUACGUUGAUGGUGGUAGGUGAAUCUGGUUUAGGCAAGUCAACUCUCGUUAACAGUCUGUUUUUGACAGAUUUGUAUCCAGAACGAAUUGUACCAGAUGCUGUCGAAAAAACACACCAGACUGUGAAGCUAGAUGCAUCAACAGUGGAAAUAGAAGAGAGAGGUGUGAAGCUCCGGCUUACUGUUGUUGAUACACCAGGAUACGGAGAUGCAAUUGAUAAUACAGAUUGUUUCCAUGAAAUAAUCAAAUAUAUUGAUGACCAGUUUGAGAGAUUUCUUAGGGAUGAAAGUGGUUUGAAUCGCAGAAAUAUAGUGGACAACAGGAUACAUUGUUGUUUUUAUUUCAUAUCUCCAUUUGGUCAUGGAUUGAAGCCUCUAGAUAUAGAAUUUAUGAAGCAACUACACAAUAAAGUCAAUAUAGUGCCUGUUAUUGCGAAAGCUGAUGUAUUGACAAAGAAGGAAGUUUCACGUUUGAAAAAGAGGGUACUGGAAGAAAUUGAAAGCAACGGCAUCAAAAUUUAUCCACUGCCUGAUUGUGAUAGUGAUGAAGAUGAAGAUUACAAAGAGCAGGUCCGGCAGUUGAAAGAAGCAGUUCCUUUUGCUGUAUGUGGUGCAAAUACACUUCUGGAGGUGAGAGGACGAAAGGUGCGAGGCCGUCUCUAUCCUUGGGGGGUGGUGGAAGUGGAGAAUCCAGACCAUUGUGACUUUAUCAAGCUGCGCACAAUGCUUAUAACCCACAUGCAGGACUUGCAGGAAGUGACACAGGAAGUACACUACGAAAAUUACAGAUCUGAGCGACUUGCUAAAGGAGCUUCGGUGCCAAAAAGGCAAACGGUGUUGCCAGAGGAGAAAGUUGGUGCAGGUGAGAAGGAUCGUAUCCUGCAAGAGAAAGAAGCAGAACUUCGACGAAUGCAAGAGAUGUUAGCCAAAAUGCAAGCACAAAUGCAGCAGCAACAGCCUUAGUAAUGUCAUGUGUGGUUUUUUUUUUUUUUUUUCAUUUUAUUUAAUGAGUAAUGUGAAGAGUUAUUAAGUCAAUUUCAUUACAUUGAUUUAAUUUUUCGAAAUUAUUAUGAAAUUAUGUUGCAUAAGAAUAUAAAGGAUAACCAUUGUUGAUGUAGGAACAUCUGCAUACAAAUUGUUGGAAACAUUCUUUUUGUUUGAUUGGUGGCUGCAUCCAUAGCCAGUACCUUCAGUAGGUACAGGAAAGAAACACCUUUGCUGUGAAUGUACUUACUUCAGUUAGGAAUGUCACAGAUUCAACUGUAAUUUUAGGAAUGAAUAUGUACUGUUUGAAUGUUGCUAGUAAAUUAUGUUCCAUGCUGAUAUUGCUUAUACAGGAAACAUACUAAUUGUGGAUAAAUGCCUCCAUUGUCUAUCAGUAUUACUUUCCCUUGACUGUGCAAAUGAUUUCUGUUGAAUUUAAGACACACCAGUCCAUCUGAUUACUCUACUCUUUCCCACAAAGGCAAUGAACAGAAAUUUACAAUGUACACAGUGAACAAAAAUGUUUUGGCAGGAGUGUUACUAUGAUCCUUACAAUAAUAAGGUUUAAUCACUAACAUUAUUACAUGUCUGAUAAAGGCACUUUUUCCAAACAUUUUAUAGUGCAAAUAUGUGUUGGAGAACACCCACAACAGUUAGACAAAAUGUGAAAGAAAAUAAUUUAUUAUUAACAAGAACAACUUAACUGUGCAUGCAUUAGAAUUUAAAACAAAAUUCUAGUAAAUAUUCCUGGCACAGUUGUAUCUCUGAAAUAAUACUUUAUUUUUCUCUUAUAUUCAAAACAACCUUAUCGGAAUUUAUUUUAUUAUUAGUUAUACAAAACAGUAUAAUGGCAGUUAGAUGAGGUAUAUCUGCUUGCUCUUCUGUCAGUCAGUAUAAUUUUUUUUUUACCAUAAAGUGGCACAUUCCAUAGCAUAAUGGAUAUUCUUUUGUACAGAGCAAUCAUACAGAUUUGUUACCUCAUCUAAAAUGUGCUGUACUUUAUUAGUAGCUCCUUCCUGGUGUGUUAAAUGUCUAUUCAUUAUACUGUAAUCAGAAUUUUGUAGUUUGAAAUAUAUGUCCUCCUCUGAAUUCUUUUUCAAAUAAGAUGAAGUACUCUUUAUCCUAAGCUGAUUGUCUCUUCAUGCUGAAAUGUUUACAUUACUCUUGUGCUAAUUGAUAUUAAGGCCAGCCAAUGAUCUGAUUCUUUGUCCUCGCAUUAUUUAUAUGACAUAACAAUGUCAUAUUUCAUGUUCAUUAUAAGACCAGUUUUUUUCCCCUAGUCUAUGAUCAAAAAGAACUUAUUAUUACUUGUUAUGUUUCAAUGCAUAUUAGUGAGGAAGCAUAAUAAAUGGUUAGUGGAAUGAGACUGGUUUUCCUUCUCAUUUUUCACAAUCAUAACAUUUGUACUUAGAUAUUUUGUUCCUGAUGACUAAUGACUGUUAAUAGUUUUGACAUGGAUAACUUCACAUUUUUUUUGUGAUAGGAGUUAGUUGUAAUUGCUUUAAUAUUAUAAAUUAGAAAAUGUGUGAGUGUAACAGUUUUAUAAAUCUGAAGAUUUUAUUAUUUUUUGUUCUGAUUCCCUAAGCAGUAUGUGUAAAUAUUGUGGUACUGAUAUAAAGCAGAAAUAAAUUACCAUGUGAGAAAGUAUUUAAACAAGAAGAAAUCCCUUUUUUAAUAAACAUUGUGCCUAAAAAAAUACAACUAUUUAACUUUUAAUGUGUCUGAUAUGUUCAUCUGCAGAACAGUCACUUUAAUGUGGUUAUUUAUUUUCUAUUGCCUCUGCUGUUUUUGCACUAGAUAAACUUUCAUACUCCCAGACUGCAUUUGCAAAUUAUAUGCACAAUAUUUUGUAUAAGAUGUUGGUUUUUUUAUGUAGCUAUAGCAGUAUAUUCAGUUAAAUUGUAAUGUGCCAUGCAUAUUCUUUUAAAACAUUGUACAUUUUAUAAUUAUCAACAGAAAAUGUGAAAAAAUUGUGAGUUAUUGGAGAUAGGCAGAACAAAUGUAUGAAGAAUUUGAAAGUGUGUCUGUAAACUAUAUUACUCACUAUUUUUUAAUAUUUAGAAAUAUAUUUGUCAUGUAUGAACCAGAUGUUUAUUAGUCACUAAGAUGACUAUGUAUAUUCCAGUGAUGGGAUAAAGUAUUUUUAUGAAAACUAAUAGAUAAUAUCUCCCAAUCA